GAAUACCACCUCCUAUCAGCAACCAUAUACGUAUAUAUACCCGUAACCAUCCUCUAUUAUCCACCUUCAACUACUCAAGCUAUCCGGUCUUUUUAUUCCUUCUACGACCACUUCUUUAUUCUUCAACAUGUCUAUCACUUGCCAAGUCCGAGACUCUACCAACAGACCGCUAAAGGGAGUUUAUGCUACUCUUAAACUCGUCGAACCGCUACAUCCAACCGACAUAUAUUCCGGCCAGACCGAUGAUAAUGGUGAUAUUAGAGAUUGGCGUCUCAUGAAAGACGAAGACGACGAAAACAAACAAGGAACCCCCAUCUGGGGUAUGCCAGGGAGCACUUGGCACAUUGUUGUCUGUGUGGAAUCCCAUAAAUUGCCUGGCAACAUUUAUCCCAUCAACAAACCUCACCCGCACUUCUCGGUCAUGGCUUCAGCAUAUCACAGCGUUAACCUCCGCGUAUCUAGCAUGGCAUACAAAAUACGCCACGGACACGGGAUUGUGGAGAGGCGAUCCCCUACACCUUAUCCUACUCUGGAAUAUCCUCAACCACGCCGCAUAUACCCUACGGCCAUGGUGGAUUUGCCAGAAGCGCUCCCGGAUUUGGACGACACAGUUAGUUCGAUUAUGACUCCAGAUUCUGAUGGAGCCAGCUCGGAUUCCUUCACGCCCGACUUCUCCACGCCCAACUUUUUGGGACCCGACUUUUCGGCUCCGAAAAUCAUUACAACUAAGUUAAACUACUUUGGGGCGUUGCCUGCCACCCUCACUGAUUUUCAGCGAGACAUUAGUUUUAGUCACGUGCCACAGUGA